AUGGACAACUCAAAGGGAAAGCCCCCAACCAGUGAGCCACUUCGAAUAAAACUCCUCCCAGAUUCCAACAUUUCUGCUACUCUCAAUCAUUCUUGCCUGGUACUGAAGCAACCGGAAAACUCAUCACUCCCAACACUCCAGAUGGAGGAGGAGGAGCGUGAAAUCCAUUCAAUUCAAGCAAGUGGACCCAUCAAAUUCUCAGAUACACUACCUGAUUCUAGAUCGUGCAUCAUGCUCACACCCCUGUCACCAACAGACUCUACAAAUGCUCCACGUGGCACAGCAAGAAUGGAUUCGAACGCAACUAACUCGGGGGAAAUGCUUUCAACCAUUGUGGUACAAACCACCCCACAAAACCCUACUUCAUCCCACCCAACAAGAAUACAAAUGAACCUAAUCCCUGACCCGAGUAUAGACUGUAUGCUAGCCCAUCAUACCAUCCCAUCAAGCCCAAGAAGAGAUGACACAUUUUCUCUCUCUGACCCAAGUGUUGCUUGUUUCCCAGAUCAGUACAUAAACCCAGCAAAUCCAAUAGCCCAGAUAACAACACAGCCCAUACCUUCAUCUAAAGCCCUCGCUCAUGAACCAACUCAGAUCAUAGCAUGGGCUCCUUAUCUUUCCCAUACACAGAUCAGAGGCAAAAACUUCCAUCCAUCAGCAGGGAUUACCUACACCUUAACCCAAGUUUUACAACCUUCGUUUUCAACCACGGAUGCUCCACAUAAAUCUGAAAACUCUUUGUCUCUAAUCACUUCCCCACCUCUUCACAAUUAG